AUGCUGCUGGACGCCGGCCCGCAGUUCCCGGCCCUCGGCGUGGGCACCUUCGCCCGGCACCACCACUCGGCCGCGGCGGAGAUGCAGGACCGGGAGCUGAGCCUGGCGGCGCAGAACAGCUUCGUGGACUCGGCAGCGGCGCACAUGGGCGCCUUCAAGCUCAACGCCGGCGCCCACGACCUCUCCCCCGGGCAGAGCUCGGCGUUCACCUCGCAGGCGCCCGGUUAUCCCGCCGCCGCCCUGGGGCCCCACGCCGCCCAUGUCGGCUCCUACUCCGGGGCGCCCUUCAACUCCACACGGGACUUCUUGUUUCGCAGCCGGGGCUUCGGGGACUCGUCGCCGGCCGGCGGACAGCACGGCAUCUUCGGCCCUGCGGCCGGCAGCCUGCACCACCCGCACACGGACGCUCAGAGCCACCUCCUCUUCCCGGGCAUCCACGACCAGCACGGCCCCCACGCCUCCCAAAACGUCCUCAACGGACAGAUGCGACUGGGCUUGCCGGGGGAGGUAUUCGCCCGCUCGGAUCAGUACCGCCAGGUUUCCAGCCCCCGGACUGACCCUUACUCGGCGGCUCAGCUGCACAACCAGUACGGCCCUAUGAAUAUGAAUAUGGGCAUGAACAUGGCAGCCCACCACCACCACCACCCAGGUGCCUUUUUCCGAUACAUGCGGCAGCAGUGCAUCAAGCAAGAGCUCAUCUGUAAGUGGAUCGACCCCGAGCAGCUGAACAACCCCAAAAGUUGCAAUAAAACUUUCAGCACCAUGCACGAGUUGGUCACCCACGUCUCGGUGGAGCACGGGGGACCCGAGCAGAGCAACCAUGUCUGCUACUGGGAGGAGUGUCCCCGCGAAGGCAAGCCCUUCAAAGCGAAAUACAAACUGGUCAAUCAUAUCCGAGUGCACACGGGAGAGAAACCCUUCCCCUGCCCCUUCCCUGGCUGCGGAAAAGUUUUCGCCAGAUCAGAAAAUCUCAAAAUUCACAAAAGGACGCACACAGGGGAGAAGCCCUUCCAGUGCGAGUUCGAAGGCUGCGACCGUCGCUUCGCCAACAGCAGCGACCGCAAGAAGCACAUGCACGUCCACACCUCGGAUAAGCCCUACCUGUGCAAGAUGUGCGACAAGUCCUACACGCACCCCAGCUCCCUGCGGAAACAUAUGAAGGUGCACGAGUCGUCCCCGCAAGGUUCCGAAUCCUCCCCGGCCGCCAGCUCCGGCUACGAGUCCUCCACCCCGCCGGGGCUGGUGUCCCCUAGCGCCGAGUCGCAGAACACCAGCAACCUCUCCCCGGCGGCGGCGGCAGCGGCGGCGGCGGCGGCGCCGUGUCCGCCGUGCACCGGGGCGGCGGCGGCGGCAGCGGCGGCGGCGGCGGCCACAGCGGCCUCUCCUCCAACUUCAAUGAGUGGUACGUGUAGGGCCCCGCCGGACUGCUCUGCACGGCCCCGCAGCGCCCUCCCCGCCCCGGCGGCGGCGGGCAGGAGGGAGCGAGCGAACCCGCCGGAGACGCAUCGGGAGGUGCCGCCGCACUCGCCAGCAGCGAAAUGACGGCCGAACAGGAUGGGGACGGGGGACCUUCAUCUCCCCACACCCUCCCCCCUUCGCGUUUUUUUGGUGGAUUUUUUUCUUUUUUUUUUUUCUUUUUGAGAACGUUUCGAACCAGCAAAAAAUAUUCUAAAAAGUACGUGCCGAAAAACAUAAAAGAAUGGGUAAAUCUGUAGAGGAACGGAAAAGGGAGAGAGAGAGAGAGGGAAAAGACCAACCCCAAACGCCACCAACACAUCACCCAAUAAAAAGCUUCCCAAGCCGGUGGAAAGAAACUCUCCCUCCAGAGCCUUCAGACAAAAGAUCAGAGACUCAAACUCCUCCGGCCCCUGCGCCUCCCCGCCCGGAGCAGCCAGCGCCCUCCCGCCCUACGAACUAUGUAUAUAGCGGCCCUCUCCUUCCUCCGGCGAGGUGGGGAACGAGGUUUUCCUGGAUUCUCGGUGUAUAGAAGUUCGUCCCGUUUGUAAACCGCGGAUUGGUCCCUUUCUUCUUUUUUUUUUUUUUCUUUUUUUUUUUUAAGUCUUUUUUUUUUUUCCCAUCUUCCUCCCUCCCUGAGAAAGUGAAGGACUUGUUUUCUUUUGUCCUGGUCUCCUUCCCCACCUCCCUCUUUUCUUCCUUUUUAGUUCACCCUUUUAAAAAAAGUAACAUGGAAGAAAAAAAUUGUUUCUUUUGUAAUUGUGAUAUCUUGAAUUGUGUUCCUUUUUAAGAGGCAACUUGAUUGUAAACUGUAUUUCAACUAUAGACUGGGGAAGAAAUACCGUGCCAAAGUCUACAUUCUGUUACUUACAGACACUCACACAAACAACAACGCUUGUGAAUGUAUUUUUCUGUUAGCUGGGUUUAUAUGUGAUGUUUUAGUGCUUUUGCAAGUUCAAUUUGUUAGUUCCUGUUCGGAAGAUUGUGAGGAAAAAUAAACGUUGUGCCGUUAGCUUUUCUGUAAUAACACCCUUCCUCCUGUAAAUACCUGUUACCAUAUUUAUCCAUUUGUAAUUAAAUUAUGGUAUUAACUUGCUACAGAGGAAACAGUAUUUAUAAAGAAUGUUUCUUAACUAUAAAUAUGUACAAUUGUGAGCAUAAACUGUUUCAGAUUUUUUAUUUGAAGGUUUAAGUGGUUUCAUCAUUUCUUGUGAUAUGUUUUGAGAGUAAUGCAUACAGAAAUAUAAUAAAACGUGUUGAAACUGCA